GCAACGUGUAAAAUCGAAAGUGAAAUCGCUUCUUGAGAACAAACGCUCUAAAAACUGCACAGCAAUCGGUCUGUCUUCAAGAUGGUGUCUGGAACAAAAACACGGGUGUUUUUAAGGAAUCAACCUGAACAAUUAAUGAAUGUCCAAAAUGGAAUAAUGGACAGGCUGAAAAGACGCGUUGAGAUCCAGCUGGUGAAUUCAGUUGAUAGCUGUGAUGUCAGCAUCGUUUUUGUUCCAAUUGUGUCUCGGGCCGGAACAGACAUUGAAGCUGCACUUCGAACUAUUCCAACAUCUCCCCAACAGUCUGUUGUCCUCAUAGUUAUCCACCACACCCAUGAUGUAAAUUACAUUGCUCCAGUCAGCAAAUGGUCUGUGAAAAGGGAAGGUGUGUUUGCUGUAGACUUCCUCGGUCAUGAAGAUUGUGGACUGCUGAUAUGCUUGGCCAAUGAUAUGGCACUGAAAUCCCUCGCUGAUUAUCUGGCCCCUGAUGCACCAGAUACCCCGGUGGAGAACACCUCUAACAAAACGAAAGCCUGUGCUGCAGUUAUUGGUGCAGGUAUUGGUGCAGUUUCUGGAGCAGUUAUUGGUCUUGGUUUUGAUUCUGCUAUUGGUGCUGCUAUUGGUGCUGCUAUUGGUGGAAGUAUUGGUGGUCUUAGUGGUUUCUGUUAUAAAGAAAUCAGUGUGUUUGAGAGAAAGACAGAUCAAGAGAGAGAGAGACACACACACAGGCCAAGCGUUUUGACACACACAAUGUUUAAAUGAACAUAUUUCAAUUGUCAUUUUAUCAUUUUCUGAAAUCACAAAUAAUUCUAUUUCAUUGUCAACUGAAUAUUGUAAUACAAAACUAAAAUUAUUUCUAUCUUCAUAUGAUUACAGAGUUUUAGUAAUGAUAUAUAAUUUCUUCAUGAUUAAUGAAAUGAAAUAUUUAAAUGAACAUAUCUCAAUUGUCUUAUUUUAUAAGAUCCCAGUUGAGGAGAGUUUACAAAGCUGAUCAAUCGAACUGCUCAGAUUCACCGCAUGCAUCCAGCAGUUUACUAUUCAUCAGGAUCUAAUAGAAUUUCUUAAUGAAUCGAAAUAUAUAAAGAAUUCUGUGUAAAGUGUAUUGUGUGUGUGUGUGUGUGUGUGUGUGUGCGCAUGUGUGUGAUGUAUAUUUGUGAAAACUUCUGCUGAAUAAGUAAAUAAAACAAAUAAAGAGAAUAAAAACCCUCGCAGUAA